AUGUUUAACUUCAUGGACCCUGAUUUCCUUGCUCGUAGAUGUGUUUGGGUAAAUGGUCCUGUGAUAGUUGGAGCAGGGCCAUCAGGGCUGGCAGUUGGAGCUUGCCUGAAGGAACAAGGAAUUCCCUUUGUCAUCCUGGAAAAAACUGAUUGCAUUGCAUCUUUGUGGCAGAAACGCACUUAUGAUCGCCUAAAGCUUCAUCUUCCUAAGCAAUUCUGCCAACUUCCUAAGUUCCCCUUCCCUGAUCAUUACCCUGAGUACCCCAACAAGAAACAGUUCAUUGACUACAUAGAAUCAUAUGCCACCCACUUUGAUAUCAACCCUCAAUUCAAUGAGUGUGUGCAAUCAGCUAAGUACGAUGAGGCCUGCCGUUUGUGGAGAGUCAAGACAGUUUCUACCAAUGGUUCCACCCGCUCUGAAGUCGAGUACUUCUGCCAGUGGCUUGUGGUAGCAACCGGGGAAAACGCAGAGCGCAUGGUGCCUGACAUUGAUGGUCUGAAAGAAUUUGGAGGCGAGGUCUUGCAUGCCUGUGAUUACAAGUCUGGCGAAAAAUUCCGUGGCAAGAAAGUUCUUGUUGUUGGAUGUGGCAAUUCGGGGAUGGAAGUUUCUCUCGAUCUUUGCAACCAUGAAGCUCAACCUUCAAUGGUUGUUCGCAGCUCGGUUCAUGUCUUGCCUAGAGAAAUAUGCGGCAGAUCAACAUUUGAACUAGCCAUGUUUAUGCUGAAAUGGCUACCACUUUGGCUGGUUGAUAAACUCCUGCUGGUUCUGGCAUGGUUCAUUCUCGGAAACAUAGAGAAAUACGGGCUAAAACGACCAUCACUUGGUCCCCUGCAGCUCAAAAACACUAAAGGAAAAACACCUGUCCUGGACAUUGGUGCAUUGGAAAAGAUUAGAUCAGGGGAAAUCAACGUAGUCCCUGGAAUCAGGAGGUUCUCAUGCGGCAUGGUUGAACUUGUUGAUGGUGAAAUGCUGAAUAUUGAUGCUGUUGUUUUGGCUACAGGAUACAGCAGCAAUGUUCCCUACUGGCUACAGGAGGCUGAAUUCUUCUCUAAGGAUGGAUUUCCAAAAUCAUCAUUCCCAAAUGGCUGGAAAGGGAAGGAUGGGUUAUAUGCAGUUGGGUUCACAAGGAGAGGGCUUUCUGGAGCAUCUGCAGAUGCUACGAAAAUAGCACAAGAUAUUGGCAAAGUCUGGAAAGAGGACUUGAAGCAGAAAAAGCAAAAAGUUCCUACUCACAGGCGUUGCAUUUCACAGUUUUGA